UGUCGCUGUGUGAGACGGGCCAGCACCCACAGCUGCCAGUGCAGUCACGAUGGGACCUGCCGGAGCCAUGGGUGACGGUGACGUCCUGAUGGCUGCGUUUGUCCUGCUGCUGGCCGCCGUGGCUGUCUGGUGGGCCUUUGGCCACUGGCAACCACAGAGCCGGCAGACACAAAGAGUGAAGCUGAGGAAGCGCUGCUGGGUCCGGCCCAGAGGCUCACGGAGGAAGCGAGGAGCCCCUGCGACUCCCAGGUUCCCCAGGCCUCGGGCGACUCCUGGCAAGCGGCCACGUGCUCCCGCCAGCCCCCUGGGCAGCCCCUGCAGCUGUGGCCCCUGCCUGGCAGUGGCCCGGGAGCUGCAGGAACUGAUGCUGCAGAUCUGGGAUGGCAACGGGACACGUGCGCCGCUCUACUCUGGGAUGUGGCAGGCCUUGUGGAAAGAACUGGAGGAGCUGCUGAAGCGAGGCCACCUGCCCUGCUGUGGCUUGGCCAGCUUCUCCAGAAGCCUCCAUCCCUUCCAGAGGCUGCUCCCAGCAAGAUUCUCCAGCCCUGGGAGAGCCUCAAGGCCUGCAAGGAUGGCACAGCAUGGGGGAGCCACCACCAUCCAUGCAGGAAACUCAGGCUGUCAGAGGCCCUGCACCCCGCCAAGAGCCUCUGCUAUCUCUGACAGCCGCCAUCCCUCACAGAGGCUCAGUGAGACCUGUCAGCCUGCGGAAGGAGCAGAGCCCGUGGACAGGUCUCCCAGCUCCCUUGGACUCACAGACUUCAACAACGUGGGCGCAAUCCUGAGCCUUGACGUGGCAGGGGAAAGCCCACAAGUCCAAAUGGGAGCCCAGCCCGAUGCAGGGGAGCCUGCUCAGGAGCAGCUGGCGGGGCAGCAAGCGUCCUGGAGCCAGCAGUGGUCAUCCCACAGCGGCCAGGACAGCCAGGACGCUGUGCCGGUUCUGCCAGCUGGCCACAGCCCGAGCCUGGCGGUGGAGAUGGUCCUCCAGACACCACGGAGGUUCCUCCAUCUGCAGGAAGCUGCCCCGAGACAGCCCUUGAGUGCCGCGAAGAGCUUUCUAGUAGCAGCUGCUCCUGGGAUCCCCCUGUGCCAAGCCUCGGGCUGCAGCCCCGGCCGUCGUCAGGAGCAGAGUCCAGCCCACGACGCCGGGGACAGCGACGGUGCCGCCCUGCCCCGCUGGCCCGGGGCUGCCGCAGCCGCCUGUGCGCGCUGCCCCGGCCCGGCUCUGCCGCUCGCCAGCCCGGCGGCUGCAGGGCGGUGGCCGCUGCCCGGCGCGCAGCAGGAAGCGGGGCACAAGAGGCAGCGGCAGGAGCAGUACCUCUGGGGCCCGCAGCUGGGCAGCGGCGGCUUCGGCACCGUCUUCUCGGGCAUCCGCCUCUCGGACGGGAGCCCGGUGGCCCUCAAACGCGUGGCCCGGGAGAGCGUCCCGCAGUGGGACGAGCUGCCCGACGGCACCCGCGUGCCCAUGGAGGUGGCGCUCAUGGAGAAGGUGGGCUCUGGCUGCCACAACAUCAUCCAGCUCCUCGACUGGUUUGAGCUGCCCGACAGCUUCGUGCUGGUCCUGGAGCGUCCGCAGGCAUCGCAGGAUCUCCUGCAGUUCCUGAAGGAGCAGGGGUGCCUGUGCGAGGAGCAGGCGCGCUGGCUUUUCUGCCAGGUGCUGGAGGCCGUGCGGCACUGCACCGCCUGCGGCGUCCUGCACCGGGACAUCAAGCCAGAGAACCUCCUCGUGGACCCGGAGAGUGGCGACCUGAAGCUCAUCGACUUCGGUUGUGGCACCUUCCUCCAGGAGCGGGCCUUCUCGGGGUUUGCCGGAACGGACGCGUACAGCCCGCCCGAGUGGAUCUGGCUGGGUUACUACCACGGCCACGCGGCCACCAUCUGGUCCCUGGGCGUUCUGCUGUACGUCAUGGUCUGCGGCAGCCUCCCCUUCCAGGACGACCCUGACAUUGUGCUGGGGAAGGUCUUCUUCCAGCGGCAGGUCUCUCCAGAGCUCCAGCACCUGAUCCGAUGGUGUUUGGCCAAGCAGCCUGCGGACAGGCCGGAGCUGGAGGAGGUCUCAUGCCACCCUUGGGUGCGGGGCCGGCGUUUUUGAUGCCUUGCCGGAGCCUCUGCAGCACCCACUUACCAAGUCCUCCUUCCAACACCGCUCCUCGAUGACAUCCGAGAGGCUGGCCGUGCCGCGCUGUUGAAGAUCCCAGACGGCAAAACUCCCUCAGGACAAAAAACCCAACAGGACAGGCCAGAGUGGAGCGCUCCCACAAAGAACUCAAAAGGUGUCUCGACCAACAACACGAUGCGGCGCUGGCGAUGACUCCGGUCGAGAGACUCUGUAAAGCACUUUAUGUGCUGAAUUUUUUAAAUUGCACCGACCGGGAGCCAGACCCGCCCGUCAUCAGACACUUUACUAACAGCACGCGAGCGCUUUUGAAGGAGCGCCCACCGGUCCUUGUCCGUGACCCGGAAUCCCGAGCCAUCACAGGGCCUUUUCCCCUAAUAACCUGGGGGAGAGGGUAUGCCUGUGUCUCAACAGCUCAUGGACCAAAGUGGAUUCCGGGGAAAUAUGUGAAGCCCUUCUUAGAAGAUGCCCCAGCGGCAGAAGCACCAACGCGACAGGACCCACAGACUGCGUCUCCCACAACACCAGACGACGCAGUCGCGUGGAAGAGACGACGAAUGAAGAGGACCGGGAGCCGUCCCAACUUGGUGUCCCGAGUCCUCAUCACCAGACUUUACUACCCACCUCUGGACUCGACACCCCAAAAUAACCCAUCCCCUCCAGUUACCUUUCCCUUACCCCCUUACCUUACCCGUUUUCCCUAUGCCCCUCUACCCUAAAUUUCUAUUUAAACUCAAAGGGGGAGCUGGGAGGGGAGGGGAGGGAACCAAAUCCUUUGUUAUUUACAGUUCCUUUUAUUUUAAUAGAAUGAGGAUGGCUGCCCAAGUGACAACUACCCGGGAGAAACACCAGAAAUCGCCCCACUGCGCCCAGCUGGCCGUCGCCG